CACCAAAUAUCAUCUCCAUCUCUUUCGUUAUUUCCUACUACUAUAUAUAACCCUCUCUUCCAACUCAUUAUUAAACCACUACCACAACCACCAGUUCUCUCUCUCGUAAGGAGUUAGAAAAAGAAGAAGAAGAAGAAGACAAUAUGAGCCGACCAGGAGAUUGGAACUGCAGGUCAUGCCAGCACCUGAACUUUCAGAGGAGAGAGUCAUGCCAACGAUGUGGCGACCCGAGGUCGGGAGACAGAGGAGACUUCGGAGGUUUCGGAGGAGGACGAGGAGCCUCUAACUCCUUCGCCUUUGCCACCACUGGCUCUGAUGUCCGCCCUGGCGACUGGUACUGCGCCGCUGGCAACUGCGGUGCUCACAACUUCGCCAGCCGCUCUAGCUGCUUCAAGUGCGGUGCUUUCAAGGAUGAUGGCGUCGGCGGCUACGACUGCGACAUGCCCCGCUCCCGCCCUGGUUUUGGCUUGGCAGGUGGCGCUGCUGGUGGGGGUGGCCGACCCGGCUGGAAAUCCGGUGACUGGAUUUGCAACAGGUCUGGAUGCAACGAGCACAACUUUGCUAGCCGAAUUGAGUGUUUUAGAUGCAAUGCUCCUCGGGACUCAUACUAGACAUAUCUUAUAUCUAAAUAUAGUUUUGGGCACUUCAGCCAAGCGAUCUCGAGAGAGAGAGAGAGAAUGAGAGAGAUGAUAUGGUAGAAUGUUAGCAGCGUUUCACUUGAUGAUUAUUUAUUUGAGGUGCUGAGAGGCUUUCUUAUGGUCAAAAUCAGAUUAUCAACAUGAUGAAUAUUUGGUUCAAGACCCAUGUCUACAUAACAGCUUUAUAUUUAUGCCUUGCAUCUAAUAUAAUUCUUAGGCUAUUCUCAUAAUAUUAUAAAAGUCAUGUAGUUUUUGUUGGUUUUUUUUUUUUUUUUGUUAAAUUAUUUUCUGUCUAUGUAUCAAGGGUUUGUUUGUUUUUUGUACUCUGCAUUGUUUUCUUAAAUGGAAUUGAUUCCUUAA